GUCAGAUAGAUCUUGUGUUGAGUAGAGCAAUCUAGGGAUUCCCGCUUCAACAGUGAUUGGACGGAACCCGAGUUCGAUAGUAUCAUGAGUUCCCAGGUCAGACAGAACUACCACCAGGACUGCGAGGCCGCCAUCAACCGGCAGGUCAACCUGGAGUUGUAUGCGUCCUACGUGUAUUUAUCUAUGUCCUAUUACUUUGACCGUGAUGAUGUGGCACUGAGAAAUUUUGCAAAAUAUUUCCUACACCAGUCCCAUGAGGAGCGGGAGCAUGCAGAGAAGCUAAUGAAGUUACAGAACCAACGUGGAGGAAGGAUAUUCCUGCAGGAUGUCAGGAAACCAGAUCGUGAUGAGUGGGGAAAUGGCCUGGAAGCUUUGGAGUGUGCUCUGCAGCUGGAGAAAAGCGUAAACCAGUCCCUGCUAGAUCUGCACAAACUGUCUACUGACCGCAACGAUCCCCACCUCUGUGACUUCAUAGAGACCCACUACUUGGACGAGCAAGUGCAAUCCAUUAAGGAGCUUGGUGACCAUGUGACAAACUUGCGAAGGCUGGGAGCACCUGGAAAUGGCAUGGCCGAGUACCUGUUUGACAAACACACACUGGCAGAGCACCAUGACUGAGCUUUCUGGUCCCCCUACUCUGCUGUCCUCCUCCCCAGUGUUCUGUUAAACUAUUUUGUGGUCUCAUAUAAUUGUUGCUAUAUUUUUUGCAGCUAUUAAAACUAAAUCUACAACUAA